AUGGCCGAUCCCAUGACCACCCAAACCUCCUUAGCUUUGCCUCCUUUCUCGACCCUUUCACCGAAAUAUGAGGUGUUCCUCAGUUUUAGAGGUUUCGACACUGGAAAAGGUUUUACUGACAAUUUGUACAAGGCCUUGAUUCACUACGGAAUCCACACUUUCAUGGAUGCUGAACAACUCGAAAGUGGAGAACCCGUUUCAACGGAACUCUUCAAAGCAGCUGAAGAAUCGCAAAUAUCAGUCAUCAUUCUUUCAACAAACUAUGCAACCUCCGCAUGGUGUCUGAAUGAACUUGUCACUAUGGUUGAACUUGUGGAAAACAACGAGUCCAGACUGAUUUUGCCUGUGUUCUUUGGCGUGACGCCAUCCAAAGCACGAAAACAGAUUGGAGUUCAUUUUGAAGAGGGGUUUGCUCAACAUAAAAAAGAUUUCGAAGGAGAGCCAGGAGAGGUGGCAAGGUGGAAGAAAUCUCUCACUGCAAUCGCCAACCUCUCAGGAUAUGAUAUAAGAAAUUACAGAAACGAUACAAUAGUGAUUGAAAAGAUAGUUGAACGUAUUUUUGGUGUUUUGAUUAACACAUUCUCAAAUGAUAUAAAGGACUUUGUUGGUAUGGAUCGUGUAAACCAAAUUAAAUCCAACAUGAGUUUAAGUAUAGGGUCUGAGGAAGUUCGUGUAAUAGGGAUUUGUGGGAUGCCAGGGAUUGGUAAGAGUACCAUGGCAAAAGCGCUUUCUCAAAGAAUUCGCAAUCAAUUCGAUGCUUUCAGUUUAAUUUCUAAGGUUGGAGAGAUCUCUAGAAAAGAAAGUUUAUUUCAUAUCAAGAAACAACUUUGUGAUCACUUGUUGAAUCAACAAGUAACUACAAAGAAUGUCGAUGAUGUGAUAUGUAAGAGAUUGUGCAACAAACGGGUGCUUAUAAUUCUUGACAACGUGGAUGAAUUAGAACAAAUAGAAGCUGUAGCUGGAAAUGAUGGUGCAGAAUUAUCUAGUCGGUUUGGUAAGGGUAGUAGAAUCAUCAUAACCACAGCAUAUGAAAGGUUGUUGAUAAAUUAUAAUCCAAAAAUAUACACAAUUGAGAAACUUACUCAAGAUGAAUCUCUUCUUCUCUUCUGCCGGAAAGCAUUCAAAAAAGACCAUCCUAUGGAUGGUUAUGAGAAGUUGUGUUACGAAUUUCUGGAUUACGUUGAUGGUCUUCCUCUGGCUCUUGAAGUUUUCGGUAACUCCUUACUGAACAGAAGUGUAGAAGAUUGGUCUAGUAGAUUGGCUUCUUUAAAAGAUGAUAACUACUCUGGUAAGAACAAAAUUGUUAAUUAUCUUAAAGAAAGUUUUGAUGGAUUAGAGAAUCAAGAACAGCGGGAAAUAUUUUUGGACAUUGCGUGUUUCUUCAAAGGCGAGGAUGCAUGCCGUGUAGAAAAGAUAUUUGAAAGUUGUGGCUACUAUCCAGGCAUCAAUAUAAACAUCCUUUGUGAAAAAUAUUUAGUGAGUAUCGUUGGAGGAAAAUUGUGCAUGCACAAUUUACUACAACAAAUGGGCAGAGAAGUUGUUUGUGGAGAAUCCAAAAAGGAAGGAGAACGCAGCAGAUUGUGGCUUCAUACAGAUGCCAUUCAUGUACUGAAGGGAAAUAAGGGGACAGAUGCUGUUCAAGGUAUUUUCCUAAGCUUGCCUCAUCCAGACAAAGUACACUUGAAGAAAGACCCAUUCUCAAACAUGGACAAUCUAAGAUUGUUGAAGAUUUACAAUGUGGAAUUUUCUGGACGCCUUGAAUAUCUUUCAGAUGAGUUGAGCUUCUUGGAAUGGCACAAAUAUCCUUUAAAAUCUCUGCCUUCAAAUUUUCAACCCGAUAAACUUGUUGAACUGAACUUGUCUGAAAGCGAAAUAGAGCAAUUAUGGGAGGAAAUUGAGAGGCCUUUGGAAAAGUUGUUGAUACUCAACCUAAGUAAUUGUCAAAAGUUGAUCAAGACCCCUGACUUCGACAAAGUCCUGAACCUUGAGCAGCUAAUCCUUAAAGGUUGUACAAGCUUGUCUGAGGUUCCUGACAUUAUCAACUUAAGAUCUCUCACAAAUUUCAUUCUUUCGGGAUGUUCCAAACUUGAAAAGCUUCCAGAGAUUGGUGAAGACAUGAAACACUUAAGGAAACUUCAUUUAGAUGGGACAGCAAUAGAAGAGCUACCAACAUCAAUCAAGCAUUUGAGUGGCCUUACUCUGCUCAAUCUCAGAGACUGCAAGAAUCUUCUGAGCCUGCCAGACGUCCUUUGUGCUACUUUGACAUCACUUCAAGUUCUCAACCUGUCAGGGUGUUUGAAUAUCAACAAGCUGCCAGAGAACUUAGGGAGUUUAGAAUGUUUACAGGAGCUUGAUGCAAGCAGGACAGCUAUACAAGAGCUACCAGCAUCAAUCAAGCAUUUAACCGGCCUUAACCUCUCUAAGCUGAAAGACUGCAAGAACCUUUUGUGUCUUCCAGACGUCAUUUGCACUGCUUUGACAUCACUUCAAAUUCUCAACGUCUCAGGGUGUUCAAAUCUUAACGAGUUACCCGAGAACCUGGGGAGUUUAGAAUGUUUACAGGUGCUUGAUGCUAGCGGCACUGCUAUAAGCCUUGUACCUGAAAGCAUCUCUCAACUUUGUCAGCUUGAAGAACUUGCAUUGAAUGAUUGUAGAAAGCUUCAAUCAUUGCCACGGCUUCCAUUUAGUAUAAGAGCCGGUGCCAUUCAGCGCGGUGAAAGGUUUGAAUAUGGUUAUCGAUCAAAUGAAAUCCCAGCAUGGUUGAGCCGUCAGAGUACUGAAUCCACAAUAACAAUCCCUCUACCUCUUGAUUUAGACGGUAAGAGUAAAUGGAUCAAACUUGCUCUGUGCUUUGUUUGUGAAGCAGCUCAGAAGCAUGAUAGUUUGGAAGAUGUACCAGAAUUUGAUGAGGAACUGGGAGCAAACUUCACUCGCAAUCACCAUAUUGAACUCUAUACAACUGAAGAUCAUCAUGAAUGUCCCCAAGUAAUUAUUUACCGCGACUGCAAUUUAGCUGGACCAUUUAUACAUUGGUGCUUUAUACCACGAAUUGACCUUACGGAAAAUUCGAAUAGACGCUUGAUCCGAGCUUCAAUUACACCUGACAGCCCAGGAACAAAAGUGACAGGGUGUGGGGUGAGCCUAAUAUACUUGGAAGAUGUCCCCAAAUUUGUCCAGAAAUUGAAUAAACACUAUCUUGGCUAUCAGCAUGAACAAGAAGAAGAUGGUAUGAGAAGUAUUCAGUCAACAAGCGGGGUUCAAACUCAACAAGAAGUACAAGAACAAGAAACUACUACUUCAACCAGGAUUGUAGGUCAAUUGAGAAGAAACGUGGUGUCAUUGCUUGAAAAACUAUUUGAGGGAUUACAGCAGGGCCUUCCGCAUCUCUAUGAUUAUGGUUUUAUUUUUCCUCGACGUGAAAGAUUACAGUGGUUUAGUGAACAAAGCAGCACGUCUGCAUGCACAGUAAACUUAGCUCUUCCUCAAAAUCUGCAUAACGAUGAGAAAUGGGCAGGACUUUCUCUAUAUGUUGUCUGCAGUCUGCCCCCAGGUGCUUCACUUACUACUCGCACUUUCUACGAGUGUCAUUUGUAUACCCCCAUUGAAGCUGUGGGCCAUAACCAACUGAUGCAUCACCUAAUCGUAUCUUCUCCCUUGGAUGACAAUGAGGGGUCACAUCGGCUCCUCAUUGUUCAUAUCCCACGCGUACGCUUUCCAGAACAUUUGAACCGGUGCCAUUUCAUUCAGGCUUUAUUUGGAUGUAGAACACCAGGUGUGGAGGUUGAACUAUGCGGGAUGCGUCUCGUGUACAAGGAAGAUUUGAAAGGGUUGAUCGAAACAAUUACCCGUUGCACCAAUGAUCGGCCUGCUUACUACGGAACUGGUGAUUUUACCGAUACCAAGAAAUAUAAGGGAAUUAGUUUGGGAGCUACAAGUUUGCUAACGAAUCUGCUAGAAGCAGCCAAAUCCAGCGAGCACAGCUCUGUAACCGAAGUUUGUCCUCCUUUCAUGCCUUUCGAUUUCCGACCAGAAUAG